UAUGGAUAUCAGAGACAAAAAGCAUUUCAGCCCUGCAGUUUUGAUUAACAAUUUCAGAAUAGCCGUGAAUGGGUUUCAAAAAUUGGUUGAAGAGACAGCACUCCAGAAAAAAGGUGAAAGAGCAGGCUUGUUUUUCCCAAAAGAAGAUGUCAUUGACUAUAACAAGUUUUAUUCAUCGGUUCAAGAACUCUUUGGUUCAGAAGUGAAGACUCAAGAUGUGAAAUGCUUUUAUAGGAAACUGUGCAACAACCCUGAUGCAUCUAUAGACUGGUGUGAGAUCUUUGGAUACUUCUCUGAAGAUGAUGCUCUUACUUCCCACAUGGAUGAAGAAAAUUUGGUUUUCCUUGUGUCUAGAAAACAGCGAAUUAUUAUUUCAGGUAGUAGAAGACGGGAUGUGAUCAAGUGCAUUGUCAAGGUUCCUCAAUUGGAUUUAUUAAUAACUGCUUCACAGAAAGGCCUAAUAACUAUCUUUAACAGCCAGAUGAGAGUUCAGACCAGCACCAGUGUUACAGAUACUUCCUGGAUUACAGGAUGCGAUUACCUCUCCCAGCUGAAACGAAUUGUUGCCACUUCAGAAAGGACUAUCAUUGUCUGGGAUUAUAAAGCUCAAGGGAACAGCCAGGAGAACUACUAUGUCAUAAAGCCCAUGGAUCACUGCCUUCUGUGUGUGUGUGUGGCAUCUCUGCCUGACCAGCUCUGCCGGGAUGACAUCCUUCUGGGAGAUGAUGGUGGUUUUGUGAACAGAUUCACAAUUAACAGUGAUGACUUUGGACUAAAGCAGGCAAAAACCAAAAAGAAUUUACAAACUCAGGUCUUGGACUCAAAGAACUUUAAAAGUGUUAAAAGGAAGCUACAUAAUGACUGGGUUAUGAAAAUUAGAUAUAUCCCAUCCCUAAAUUGCUUUGGAUCCUGCUCCUUAGACAGUGUUCAUUCAUUAGUUUUGGAAUCCUUGAAGAGACUUGAGGACAAUUUGCCUGUCAGAGAGUUUGCUAUGCCAAGAGGAGCAAAUACAUUUUGCUACUGUGUAAAAGCAAAUGUGGUUGUCACUGGAGGAGAUGAUAAAGUCCUCCGGUUGUGGCACCCCAAUAUCAGCACCAAGCCCGUGGGGAAACUGGUGGGACACAUGUUCAGCAUCACCGAGAUGGUAACCAAUGAGAAAGAGCAACACCUCAUCAGCCUUUCUUCUGCAAAGGUUUUCAGGGUGUGGGAUAUACAGACUCUCUCCCUGUUACAAGUCUUCCAUGACAGCCAGGGAGGACCAGGAGACAUGCAGAUUUAUUCUAUGAUAUAUGAUACCAAUCAUGGCAUGCUUAUUGCAGGAUCAAGUGUUAUAGAUAUGUAUCCUUUAACUAAGAUGAUACAGGAUACAAAACAGGUUCCUCACACUCAUGAUCGAGAAAUCAACGUCAUACUUUAUAACACAUAUUUUGCCCAAGUACUCACUAUCUGUUCUGAAUCCAUAAUUAAGGUAUGGGAACUUGAGACAGGCCUCCAAAUAUACCAGAUUCUAGACCCUCAUGGCUUCAGUAUUGAAGUGACUUCGGCAGCUGUUGACGAAAGUGGAUAUUUUUUUGCCACAGGAGCAUAUAAUGGGACAGUUAAAAUCUGGGACUUCGGCAGUGGGCAAGAGAUGAAAGCGUUGCCAGAAGGGAAAGACUGGAAAGAGGAAAAGCAUUGGCUGAAACGCCUGAUUUUUCUCAAAACUCAGGAAAAACGCCAGUACUUGAUCCUUGCCUUGGAGCUCAGUGGAACUAUCAAAAUGAUCCAGGGUAGGGAAGAUGAUGCUUUCCUUGUGGUGAUAUGGGAGCUACCUGAUCCUAUGCCUCACCUACAUGAUGGAAACCACAUUAUACAUCUGAAGACCUUAUCUAAAAAUAGAAACAUGGAUAUUCCUUUCCCAGAUGUUGAGUUAGUUGUUCAGAGAAAAUUUUCUCAACAUACUAAAAAUCCUGCUAUCAAUACUGAGGUGAGCUGCAUGGAUUUAUUACAAAGAGAAGGAUAUAAUUUGAUAGUUACUGGAGCCUUAAAUGGUAUAAUCAUCCUAUGGAAUUUUGUAGCAUCUACUGUCAAAGAAGUGUAUCGACCUGAAGGUUGUUUCAAUGUGGACCCUGACUUGGAUCCCAAGCGCUUUAGGAUUAAUGACAUACUGUUCCUCUUUCGUACUCCUGAAUGUGCAAGGAAAUCAAGCCAGGAUUCCAUAUGCUCUUCAUCCCAGUGUGAGUCUAGCAAGGGUCCACAGAGUAGCAAGGGAAGCAAGCAAAGCAUACACGAUGGUGAGUUGAAAGGUGAGAAAACAAAUGUGGAGAGAGAGCAACUGUCAGUGGACAAAAACCAACCUGGAUCUGCCAAUUUAACACAAGUUCAGCCUCCUAUCCUUGUUACUGCUCAUGAGGAUGGACACCUCCGCUUAUGGACUAUGGAGGGGAAACUACUGAAAGACAUACUCCCUUUCACAAAACAUUCAGCCAUUUCUCUGACAUCGCUGUAUGCUGAUUCAUGUUCCAGGGUUCUAUUAGCUGGAAAUGUGGAAGGACAUGUUAUCCUUUGCAGUAUUAGUUCCUUCCUGGACCCACCUCAUGAUGAAAAGAAAUUCAGGCAGCUCCUCUCCUGGCGGGCUCAUUCUUUAGAAAUUGUUCAAGUGAUCUAUGUGGAAGACAAGCAAGUGGUGCUUACUGCUUCCGUUGAUGGCUCAAUAAGGCUCUGGCAUGCCCUCAAUGGUCAUUAUUGUGGAUAUUUUGGACAGAGAAGAUUCUUUGAAUUAUCCCAAACCAGUGAUUUCAUUUUGCCUUGUGAUGUUACUGAAGCUCCCAUAGAAAUAAAAGAAGAAAGCAAGUUGGCAGACAAGAGGAAAAAAUAUGAAUAUCCUCUAAUAUUUGACCGGGAAAGAUGGAGAAAGAUGAGCUCAAUGUCAUUACUUUUCAAACGCACACCUCCCAAGCCCUUUGAAGUGGAACAGGAUUUUAAGUUUUUCAAGGCUCUUUCUUCUCCAAAGAUUCGCAGACAUGCCUUAGAAGGUUUCAUGACUGAGAACAGAGAGGCCGGGAUUGGUUUUGGUUCUCUUCCUAUAUACAGGGUAACAAGCCCCACUAGUUUAAGAUUCCUUCCACUCAUUGGUUCAGAAGCACAAAAGGAAUCCUCAGAUGGAAAGAAGGGAAUUCAUGUUCAACAUGAAAAAGGAGGACGGAAGAGAAGUUUGAAAAAAAAUUUAGUGCCACAAAUCAAUCUGGCUUCUUCCUUCUUCCCAGCCAUUACCAAGUAA